CCGAAACUUGACGGCAGGAAAAAUCAACUCCGCUAGGUUCUCCGCUGUAUCGAGCCGCGCCAAUGUCAGGCAUUUGAAUUGUCGAUCUUGCUCUUAUCUGAUCUCGAGGCAUUGCAGCUGUGCACGACAGCUGUGAUCGUGGAUAUGAUGAUGUCAGAGAGCCUCCUGCUUGUGAAACUGCCGUCGUUUCAAUUACAAUUAGGACCGUCAUCCGAUGAAACAAGCACCGAAAGCCAUAUAGUCGAGAACACACGUUUCCCCCCGAACUAAUAAUACCCUACACAGAUUUCGGUAGAGUAUUCAUACGACCGUGAGCCUCUGCGUCGUCCCACUCCUCAUAGAACGCAUAUUCCCAUCUCUCUCGUUCGUGACUGCUCGAUACUAUGUCAGACGCUGGCGAAUGCGAAGUAUCGAGGAAGCCGAAGAUCCUGAUCGCAAGCUUUGACGGUACUGCAGGCUUUUACGAUGCGACGAACACGAAUGUUGUCAAGUUCGUUUCAUUGUUGAAGAAAGACACGGACAGACAGCUCUGUUAUUACCAGGCAGGUGUUGGGACGUAUUUUGCCCCUGGAGUGGUGUCCCCCAUGUUCACUUGGCUCGCGAAGAUCUUGGAUGAGGCUUUUGCAUGGUACCUGGACGCCCAUGUCAUGGAUGGUUACAACUUCUUGAUGGAGAACUACCGGCCUGGUGAUAAGAUUUGUCUUUUCGGCUUCUCUCGAGGAGCAUAUACUGCACGUGCGUUAGCGGGAAUGCUGCACAAGGUUGGGCUGCUUCCGAAAUCUAACAUCCAACAAAUUGGCUUUGCCUAUGAGGCAUAUAAGCAGACUGGCGUACAGGCAGAUGCGCUUGCUGCAGGUUUUAAGCAGACAUUUUCACGUGACGUCAAGGUAGAGUUUGUAGGAGUCUGGGACACCGUACAAAGCACUGGAGUGCUCCUGAGCCGGAACCUGCCAUUCACAGACUCUAACACCCUGAUCAAGACAUUUCGACACGCUUUGGCUCUCGACGAGCGCCGCGUUAGAUUCCAGCCAGAUCUUUACCAUCGGCCCAGGACGGAUAUAGCCGAUCCGGAAUUUAUCGAUGUGUCAAAGCUAUGCGAAGCUAUUGCAGAAUUGGAAGACAGUGUUUCCGAUGAAAUUGGUUCACUGCGGAAUCAUCUCCUUCAAGCUGUCAAACGCGGGAGGAAGUUCGCGAAAAAGCCGAAGUUUCAAGGGCUGAAGCGCCGUUUCGCCAAGCGCCAACAGAGCAAAAUCGAGAUCGUCCCUAAGAAUUCUGGGGAUACUACCGUCGUCAAGGAUCAGACAAGUGCGGAAGUGCUUGACGUCCCUGAUGUAGAGCCGAUACCACCAUCAGAUGUUCUGGAAGUCUGGUUCGCGGGAUGUCAUAGUGACAUAGGUGGUGGAAAUGUUGGGAACUCUGACAAGGUCUCGUUGGCGCAAAUCACCCUUCGCUGGAUGGUUGAGCAGGUCAUCCUGUCUCAGUGCGGCAUUGCUUUUGAUGAGGAAGCUCUUGAGCGUGUCGGCAUGCCGUUAUCAAGCUUUCCUGUCCCGACAACGCCGCCUGCUACUGAGGAUCCGACCGGCAAGUCACCACCGAUGACAGAGAAGACCGGCCUCAGUGCUGCGCCUGACGAUGCUGUGUCGCCUGUCGCAGAAGUACCCUUAUCCGCCCCUUCUAGCCCUCCCACUGAUCCUCCCACUACACCCUCGCUCCCAAAUCCUCAAACUUGCGAUGCUCUAGCUCCUUUGUUUGACGAGUUACAGCUCCAGAAGGCUUGGUGGCUUCUUGAAAUAUUGCCCCUUCCAUUUGCAUGGCAAGAUGCGCAUGGUAAAUGGCACAAGAAAUGGAGGUUACAUCUGGGCAAAGGUCGCGCUAUUCCCUACCAGCACCCUAACUUCCAUUCAUCUGUCAAGGAGCGGAUGGACUAUGCACCCUUGAACUAUAAGCCACGAGCGAUAUACCGACACGACCAGGUUACUUUUAUAUGACGAUGACACGACCCGCCCCUUGAUGCCCAUCUAUGAUAGAAAUCUUAUGAAACUAUCACACGAAUCCCACCCUGAAGGACAGUAUUAGUGUUACGUGAGUUCUACCUUGAGACCUCCCCAUUGUAUUUGUUUAUAACUCGCAUUAUUAUAAUUGUGAUGAUGAUAUGAUCACGUCG